ACGGGCGUAUGUUGUACCGUUUGCGGUACUCUUGUUCAAAACCAGGUCAAGGGCAGGAGGUCAACAAUUUUGGUACUAAUAUAAAGAUCUUGUGAAAAAACCAAUCACUAAGCAAUCAAAAGCUAUGGCCAAGCUUCUCUAAAGUAGGUCAUACUUUUAAUUCAUGAAUUCAAAUAAAUUGGUACCAAAAAGGAAGGGUUUGUUCAAAUCGAUAUUGUUAUCGAGGACCAAUAUGUUUUACACGUUACAAGCGCCAUGUAGGGGUCUAAAUUUUGCUAAUUGCAUUUUAUAAGACGGCGAUCACAUGACGCACUUUAUCCAUGACGUCAUUCUAGUCCGAGCCAAAACAAAUUUCCAUAGACGAUCAGUAAUAAACUUAAUAAGAAAAUCCUUUAACUAGAAACAUACUAGAAAAAAAUUCUGAAGAAAGUGGAGGUCUUUGAGUCCAAUAUGACUGUUCGAAAAGUUCCUUUCAGAUCGUAUAUGCAGCCCUGCACCGGCAACGGUGACGUCUCCAUAUAAGUGAAAGAUUCUCGAGAGGGAUUUUAAACUAUAUACAACCAACCACUACAGUGAAUAUGUUGAUUCACUUCAGUGAAUAAUUUGAUAUGCUAUAAUGAAUUGAAUUAAAAUGGUACGUUUUUGUAAGAGAAAUGCCAAAGAGUAAUCGUAAGUUCAUUCCAGUGCGCUAGAAAUAGCGAGAGAUUUGGACCUCAUAUCUAACAGAAACGACCUUCUUAUCUCACGUACAAACCGCGGUGUGGUGGUAGUGCUCAUUUAACAGAACAACAAAGAUUGUAUUUAAUAUACAAUGCAGCUCCUUGUAUUGUUUGGAUUAUUCGGCAUAGCAGCUGCUGGUCAAUUAUGCAUGAACUGCAAAAAUUUGGUGAACCCACACGAGUGUGACCUGGUCACCAAAUGUGGCGAUCAUGAGCAAUGUUACAUGGUGCAGUACCUAAGACAUGGCCAGAUAUGGUAUGAUUUGGGAUGCAUGAGUAACUUGGUAUGCAAUGCAGCGAUAAUUGGACCACCUAUUCCUGUGAUUGGAAAACGGGAGAAAACACAAGAUAGUUCCUCUGAUACAUUUAACCUUGACGUGGAAGAUGAUGAUAGCCGGAUCCCAGUAUGUGAAUCGUGUUGUAACAGCACGAUCUGCAAUAAUGGCGGCGCCUGUGGAGUAGGGGACUUCAACUACUACGGCGGACGAUUGUGUUUCAAAUGUGGUCAACAACUGAGCCCUGAUAGUUGUGACCGAGUAACCUUGUGUUAUCAGGACCGCUUCUGCUACAUACACAAGAAGAAACCAGAUGUGGGUUUCACAUAUGUCUGGGAAACAGGGUGUGCUGAAACUACACAGAAUUGUACACAGACAUUUGGAACCAUAUGUAGCCGUUGUUGUACUGAUAAUCUAUGUAACGACGAAUGCAAUAUUCAGACAUAUGCUCCCCCUGUUCACCAUAGAACUACUACCACUACCACCACUACUACCCCAAAACCUACAACCACUACCACCCCAAAACCUACAACCACUACUCCAUCUGCAAAGCCGCCACAUAUAAUCUCCGUUCGGAUCAUACCUCAGCACUUCCGGUAUGGAGAUAACGUGCAGAUGCGGUGUACUAUAGAAAGCAAUCCAAAGUAUGACGUACUGGGGUGGAAUAUGUUGACAGAUCCCAGCAACAUUCCGCCGAACAUUCACCUUAAUUACGGAAUAAAUGCAGUGACAGUUGAUAUUACGAACUUCCAGAGAGAAAACGAGGGAGAUUACCAAUGUUUCGUUCACAACUCUGAGGGACAAGACGUUAGAACUGUUAAGCUUAUGGUACAUUCAUGAGUACGGACAAACAGUGCAGAAUUUACUUUCUUCAAGUUGACUGAAGUAAAAAUAAAACAUGAAGAGAU